AUGCAAGUUAUUAUUACAUCCAGUAAUUCGAAGUUAACACAUGAAACUAAAGAGCUGUUGUUAGACAUUGAAGGAUUGUUUCCGGGAGCCACGCCAAUUCCGCGUAAAAAAAGAAACUUUGCACAGUUCUUAAAAGAAGAAGUAACUGAGGAAGAGGCCAUGAUCAUACGAUUAGACCAGGUAGACAGCUCUUAUAGGCGUCUUCUGUUUAUAAAAAAAGAUGCAGAGAACAAUCUUACGACAAGCACAUAUUCUAUUGUAUCGUAUACGCUUUCUAGACGGCUAGGCGGGGCUGUUGACUCCGGCCAUAUGCCAGAGCUGUCUAUAAACAACUUUGAAGACACAGAAAACGACAUGCGGUUUAUAAAGGAUAUAGAAUCAGUGUACAGCACUGAAGAGCCAGACUUUGAAGGGCGGCAGCUAGUGUCCUUUACAAAGAAAAGAGGAUUUAUUCUAUGCAGAAAGCACAGAUAUAUUGUCCGGCUGCCAGAGGACAGUACAAAAGAGGAAACUGUUCGUCUAGAUGAAAUAGGACCCAGGCUUUCUCUAAAACUGCAAACAGUGGACAUUAAUGAAAACUAUAUAUUUAGACAUACAAAGAAUAUUAAGCUAAAAGACUAAAGAAUAAAAAAAAGAAGCAUAGAAUACACAAAAACGGAGCCUAUGAAAACUUGUGCUAUACCUUGCCAUUAGAGUGCACUUUUUCCAUAGUGCCAGCUCCAGAGCGAUCUAAGCAGCUUUUUAUCAAAGAAGCCUAUCAUCUUCUUUGUUUUGAAACAACAAUAGCUUUUCAAUUUUUUGUCUCCUGUGAGAACCCCAAUUAGAAUAGAAAAAAGUGACAGAUCGCCCCUCAAAAAAGAACCAAUAAAAUGCAAAAA